AUGGGCUUCGUUUCGCGCAUCGUCACAUUAUUUGGCCUGGUCCUCCUGGCCCAUGCAGGCUACUCCGCCCACGAACAUACCGUCCUCUCGAGCAAUGCCGCCGCGGCCAUUCCCCAAGAUAUCAUCAUCGAGACUCUCGCAGCCGUGAUUUUCGUAUCAGCCGGGUUAGUCCUGGGCUCCGAGAACCUGAAGCCAAUCAGCUGGCGUGACUGGGCAGGCGAGAUCGAGCGGGACGGCGGUGCACGGAAUCCAUAUGCCGCACUGGAGGAGCGGUAUUCUUUCUGGGACAUCCGGGCCAAGCGAAAAGAAUUCGGGGACUGGAUCCGUGGUCAGGAUGUUCUGGCCAAAUAG